CCAACAGAGCAGCAGCAUCUAUGGAAGCAGCGCACACAGCAUAGGAUAGUAUGGUCAGGGGCAGAUGUCUCCUACAGCGAAGCCUCCUUGACACAUGAAGCCAAGUUUCCUGCAAAAUACGCCGUGGCGUUGAAGGGGGCACCGGCGCAUGUCCACGGUUCAGCACGCUGGACAGCGCUCGCACGAGUUCCAAAUGGGCAAGACUUUCCGGAGUUAAUUUCUACACACUCGGAAGGAUUUUUACCACUAUCAACGAAAACAGAGGAAUUAACAAUGCAGGUGAUACAUAUUACUGUAACAACAGGCGCACACACACGGCAAGUGUAGUUUUAAAGUGAGAAAUGGACUUGGCGGAAAUACUUCUUGCGUUGUUCAUCGUUGUGGUCGCGAUUGUCUCGUUGUUGUCCAACUUGCUGGUGCUGCUAUGUUUUGUCCACAGCACCGAGAUACGCCGACAGGUGCCUGGUAUCUUUACAAUGAACCUGUCUUUCUGCAACAUUCUCAUCACGGUUUUGAAUAUGCCAUCGACGCUGGUGGGAAUUAUUAAAAACCAACAGCCUUUUGGGGAUUGCCUGUGCCACGCCGUGAGUUUUCUGGAGACUUUUCUCACUGCCAACACCAUGUUGAGCAUGGCUGCACUGAGCAUUGACCGCUGGAUUGCCGUGGUCUUCCCACUGAGUUACUCCACCAAGAUGCGCUACAGGGACGCGCUCGUCAUGGUGUGCUACGCGUGGCUUCACUCCCUCACAUUCUCUCUCAUCGCGCUACUCUUCUCCUGGGUAGACUACAGCCACAUUUACGCAUCCUGCACUUUGCACCUCAGCGACGAGAAGGACGAGAGCGCACGGAUAAAAUUCACUGUGUUCACAGUUGCUUUCCAUGCAAGCAGUUUCAUGCUCUCGCUACUUAUCCUUUGUGUCACUUACUUAAAGGUGUUACAAGUUGCCCGAUUCCACUGCAAGCGGAUAGACAUCAUAACAAUGCAAACUCUCUUUCUACUUGUUGACAUUCACCCGAGUGUCAAGCAGCGCUGCCUGGUCGAACAAAAGAGGAGAAAACAGCGCGCCACAAAGAAAAUCAGCAUUUUCAUCGGGUCGUUCAUCAUCUGUUUCGCUCCAUAUGUGAUCACAAGGCUGGCCGAGUUGUUGCCGUUUGUCGGCGUUAGCCGUCACUGGGGCAUCGUGAGCAAGUGCCUGACGUACAGCAAAGCCGCGUCGGACCCGUUCGCCUACUCGCUCCUGCGGCAGCAGUACCGCAAGGUGCUGGUGUCGGUGGCUAACAGACUACUGCGACGCGACCUCUAUCCGUCGUCCGGCCCCAACAGCUCACUGGACACGGAGAACGACUACUGUCUCCAGAGGAUCAGCUAAAGGAGCUGAGAGAGGAGAGGGAGGGAGGGGAGGAGGUGCCCAUCUUGGAGCAAAGCAGAGGAGAGGAGAGAGGAGUGGAGGAGAGGAGGUGCCCAUCUUGGAGCAAAGCAGAGGAGAGAGGAGUGGAGGAGAGGGUGGAGGUGUCCGUCUUGUGAUGACAGGCCAGUGGCAUGGACGCUCGGAUGUGAAAAUGGAAACUGUGAUUACCUGUGAAGUGCCAGAGAAAUGACUGUAAGAAGGAGUGAAAGAGAGAGAAAGAGAGAGAGAGAGAGAGAGAGAGAGAGAGAGAGAGAGAGAGAGAGCGCUGUUGGUGUUCACACUAAUGUGCCCUUGGCAGAUGUCUGAAAUCAAACAUAUCGGCAAACAAGGAGACAAGAUCUCAGAGGUGUGGGUGAUUCACUGGACGCAAUUUAAAUCCAGGCAAACACACACACACACACACACACACACACUUGCUCUCACUCAAAUAUGAAAACGCCCACACAAACGCACUUCUUGUAAGGUGACACACAUACACGUGUUAUGACUCACAAGCAGACAUUACUCUGUCUCUCUCAGAUACACACAGACACACAACACAAAAUACUCACACAUACACACACACACACACACACACGGUAUGGGCAGAGAGUAAAUGUGUCACACUGAAGCACCCGGCACCUUGCUAAAGGGGAGGAGGAUGGAAGCCCGUCCUUUUGAGUGACAGCUGAGGAACGGAGCCGCCAAUACCACCGCCGUCGCCGCCACAACCUCAGACUGAGACCAGAGAGCAGCAGCUGUGUGUGUGUGUGUGUGUGUGUGUGUGGCUCUUCUUCUUGGAGGUCAAACACUAGUAGCCUACCCUCCUCACUACAGGGAAGAACAGAUAACAACCUUCAAAUGGGUGUCUCGCACACCGAGCGAAUGUUUCAGCCAAUUAACUGGCGUUGUGUCACAGAUAGCAGCAAGAGCAGCUUAACUAUGGUGGCAUGUAGCUAAAUGUCUACGUGGAAAUAUGUGUUUACUUCUAUCAAUGUUCCUAUGGCCGGUUUGGGAAAGCAGUCAUUUCUGGAGUGAUCUUCAGUGUUGAGCUACCUUGCAGUUGUUCAUAAAUAGUGUCAGUCACUGGAUAUUAAAAAUUAUUGCACUUUGCUAUGAAUUAUGAAUAACCUGUAUAGGUAGGCCUACAGAAAAGCCAAAGGCGAAGAUGUUUUUUAAACUAUCUCAGAGCUUGUGUGUUAACUGAAUGUACUACCUGAUUCUUUUAGUAAGUGCGACACAUUUGUACUAGUUCAUUAUUUUGUCAGGAGAUUACAGGAAAAAAAAAACACAUUUAUAUGGAUAUUUAUAUGAGGGGAAUAUAAUGUAAAUACUUUGCACAAUAUAAGAAAAAAAUAUUUGUUAAUUUAUUACUUGGUUAACUGAUGUUUUAAAUGUUUAAGUUUACAGUUGAAAAGUUAUAAGUGCUUUACAGAACUGCAUUUACGCCAGAUUGUGUUAACGUUUUCUUGGAAGGUUCCUGUGUUGUUAAAAUCAGAUAUGAGUGUAUCUGGUUCUAUUUUGAACAUAGAUUAGUAUAGAUGUAGCCACAACUGAGUAUUCCAUGCUGUGAGGACACACUUGCCAUCUCUGGUAUGUUAGUGUGGACUCUUGUGAACUUUGCACAAUAAAGUUAGCUCAGAGACCCGG